GGGAAGAAUUCUCAAUUAGUUCAUUGAGUUUAGGAAAGGAUGCCAGUUUGGAACAGUUGGUGGAGCAUGGUGAAACGCGCUCAUUUGGAGUGGCUGAAACAGAAACGUACUCGAGAGCUACUCGUCUUCCUAAAAGCUCUAGCAAUGCAAGACCUGUCCUAAUGCAAUAAAUACCGGUGCUCUCGAACUCAAUCAGCACAGGUACAGGGCCAGGUGCUUCUCCAGCUCUUGGUACCGUCUCUUGUGCCCCACCUAUAUAGCUAGGGUUAAGUAACCCAUUCAGGAGAAGAUAAGAGAAACACCAUCUGGUAAGGUUGGAUCUAUAAAACAACGUUGGUUGACAGAGCUAUCUUGACAUUAUAGGUGGGGUCUUUGGAUAGCAGGUAUGCUGUGUCAGAGAGCAUUGGUGAGAUUAUCCAUCUUAUAACCCCCGUUAGACCGACAGAUGAUAGAUUCCCUUCCAAGCCAUUGAAACCUCGCUUUUCUUAUCUAAAUACAGGCGUUAGAAUACGUUUUUUGAUUGAAUAGGUUCUAUCUGCUUCCCUUCAUUAUCCGUGUGCUUGUGAAUUUAUUAUAAUCCAUUUCAGUAGGACAACAGGGCUCUUGCCUAGCUGAUUCUAAAGUGGAAGCAAUUCAGGUAUCAGCAGAUACGGGUACUAAUUCACAUUUCUGUCACUACCCCGUGGUAUUGGAGCUUGUAGUGAUAAGGAUUUUUUAAUAGAUAGUUUGUUUUAUCCUUGAAGUAAGAGCACUGAGAAUAGCUUAGCUUUCCAGCCGAAAGAAAGCAUAGAGAACCAUCAAACAAAUACUGGAUGGAGAAUGCACUCUUCGUUGCCCAAAGGAAGACGGAGGGAAAUGGCCCUUUCUCAGGAUGGAUUUAUUGAUUCAACUCAUCUAGAUGAUGAUCUGUACCUAGUAACCUAUAAAAACAAAGUGAGUGAUGAUUUGUUUAAGGAAAUGGAGGAGACAACAAAGCAGCCAGCUAAUACAGCAGUUCAGCUCUCAGCUGCUAUUGCUGCCUAUGCCAGGAUAGUGUUAUACCCUUUUAUUAAAAGGGAUGAUUGCUAUUAUAUGGACACGGACUCUAUUGUUGUUCAGAACGAACUUCCAGAAGAAAUGGUAUCACCUAGCGAAAUAGGAAAGUUUAAGAAGGAGCACUAUGUAAAAGAGGGAAUCUUUUUGGCUCCCAAGUCAUACUGCAUACAUGCAUUACAUGAAGAUAAGGAAGAAAUAAUCAUGAAGCAUAAAGGACCGGUUAGAAAGGUAAUCACUAAAGAUUCUUACAUAAACCAGCUAGCAGACCCAACAUUAAAACAGCAAUUUUCAUGUUCAGCUGACUUUCAUCGUGAUUUUAAAAAUUUAUGUGUAGAGAAAAAAAUCAAUACGUACGUAGUUGGGAUAGGAAAUAGUACGAAGCGAGAAUUAGUAUACGAUGAGGAUGGAACGUGGAUAGGAACUAAACCUCCUCAUAUAGGAGAGGAUUCUAUUGAUAGUAUCCAUCCUACUACCCAUAAAGUCAUAACCGGCAUAUUAGGCAAAAUGAAUAAUCUAACGAAAAAAUGCAAUCUAAAAGAUCAUAAAUCUGAUGAUGAUAAGAAGAUCAAAGAUUAUAAGAAGAGAGAAUCUCAUCAGACAAAGAAGAAGAAAGCAGAUAAGAAGAAGCCAGUGAAUAAGAAGAAGAAGCGGUAA